GUUGAAGUUGUAGACGAGUGAGGUGCCGGUGAGGCCUAUGGGCAAUGCAGAUAGGGGUAUUCGUUUCGGUCUCUCGCCAGUGAGACGUGGGAUUAGACAUAGCAGGUCAAGGUCGAGAUCUCCACUCGUUAGGCAUGUCAGUACAGAAGACUGUAAGGCUGCUAGUAGGGAUGGUCCCAAGUUGUCUAGUCAGUGCGUGUUAGUUGGUCGGUCCCUAAGGACCGGGGCUCAAAAUAGGUCGGGGCAGGUGCUCCGUAAACCCUUAUUAGGUAGCUCCAUUACAGCAAGGUCAGUAGUCGACAGUGCAUGUCAUGAGGUCAGAAUGCCAGUGAAACGGAGUAGUUGUGUGUCUGUGGUGGGCAGUAGUGUUUUGUUGUCGAUGGGUGUGGUUGUUCAGAGGGCCCGGAGUGAAGUAGAUGUCAGGGACACAUGGUCGGCGCAGACAGGGGUGCUGCCAGGCGCAGAUGAGAAGUUGUGUGGUUGGCCGGAGGACACUGAGGCAGGUGUUAGUCACCAGGGUGAUGGGCUGGAGAACACCGGGGAUAGUGUUGGUUGCCAUAGUGAUAUGACUUCUCGGGGUAGCACUGGGUGUUCUCUGGGUUUUGAUGUUGACAUUGCUGUUGAUGUGUUCUGCGAUGUGGAUGAUGAUCCUUCCACAGUCGAGUUGGGGUGUCUGGUUGAGGCACGGUCUGGUGUGAUCGGUAUAUCAUCUCUCUCAGCUUAUGAUCAGCUGAGUUUGAGUGGUUGGACCAGUAGUGCUGGACGGCGGGAAAUUGAUGUGGCACGGGCUCUGGUCUUGCAUUCUGUUGAUGGCCAGUACUCGGAUGCAGGGGGCGAGGAUGCAGUUGAGUGUCAUGUUAGUGAGUCUGGAUUAUUCCAGGUUGGAAUCGAUGCAUGCGCGGAGGUUUGUGACGAGGGCUGUGUUGGUAUUCCAUGCAAUAGUGAAAGCAUGCAGGCCUCAGUUGUAGUGUUAGAGACUGUUGCUGAGUGGCACAGUCUAAUCAUUACCAAUGCCCCAGCCAUGAUUGAAGCAGUGGCCUAUCAGUUCCGAGGGGCGUCUGUCCCAAGGCACCUGAUAAAUGUACCAUUGUGUGUUGGUCUGAUGGAGGGUGUGUUGUGUCUGCGUCUCGUGGGGAUGACCCCGCAAAUGCGGGGUUUGUGGCUCUGUCCCGUUCAGCCUGGUGGGAUAGCAGUGUUCCUUCUCUGACUGAGAGGCUUCCUCCUGAUAAACGUCUAAGCAAUGAACGGGAUGGGUUUGUUGCUUGUGGCUUCACGAGUAUCCAUUGGUCGUGGGAUGAUGGCUAUGCAUCCCAGGUUCAACUAACAGUGAACCAGGGACAACCCAGGUUUCGUCAUCGCAAGGGGGUACGAAAGAAAGUUAAUGAGUUAUGUGAGGGGUGUGAACUCCUCCAUGCACACAGUACCCCGAAAUGCGGGGAAGGGUAGAUUAGGCUGCCGUAACCCAGCCGUUCUUGGGCAGGGGUAUUUCCUUGUGGUGUUUCCGGAUCUGCUGACCUGGAAUAUGUGAUGUCGUCUGGUGUGAUGUGCCGUGUCCGAUGUCCAAGAUGAUGCCUGUCCUGUGACGUUUUCAUGUGGAAAGUUUGUGACCGUAUGUGACUCUGUGAUGUGACUUUCCUGUUACUUGAUUUUCUGUGAUGCGUUGUGUGACCGUGACUUUCUGUGUUGUGAACAUUUUGGACUGCUAAAUUGCUAUGAUCUUAUAGAGGUGUAAUUGCAUCUAAUGUAAGCUACAGUGUUGCAGGUUUAAUUUAUCGGAAUUGGGACAUUCCUCCUCAAAACAGGGGGGAGUGUAGUGAUUUUGGGGGGGUGGAUGUUUGGUAUUUCUGGUCGGGCUCGGAGUCCUCUGAGCCUGCACGUGUUUUUCUCUCUCUCUUACCCGCGAACUCUAGGCAAGCGGACGGGGAUUUUAAUUGCGCAGCACUAUAGUCGUUAUAUUUGUUGACCCUUUGUAAGUUGUUCUGUGUAUUUGUUAAUAUAUCUGUUUAUAAGUGUUUUCCGGUGUUCUUUGUGUGUAGGAAAUCACUUUAAACACGAAGCGAAGAAUCCUCGAUGACUCCACUAAUGCUUCAAUCGUUAAAACCUCCACAUAAUCGAUUGAUAACGCUAUAUCUAUGUAUAUCACUCUCUACACAGUGCAAUCUGAGAAGUUGAUGUACCCGGAAGUUAAUAAUCUCGCUAAAUCUCGGCAAUCACAUGACGAGACUUACAGACCCUAUUAUUGUAUAUCGCGGUGUACACAAAUAUAUUGAUUACAAUAUAUUUUUCGAGAUUUAGUAACAAAUAGCUUUAUGAAAAGUAUUAUUAAUUUUUGUAAAAUCUCUAUAGAAAUUUUUUACAUAGGGCAUAGUUUAAUUUCACAUUCUUCUAACUGGAGUCUGAUAUCCUAUAUUUGAAACUAAGUGGGAAAAAAUUAUAGGAUAGAUUUCUUUUAUACCAUGCACAACAAGAGGUCUUUAUAAUAAAAAAAAAAAUUGAACCUAGGAAAAUUUGUACGUAUCUGUUUGGUACUACAUACAAGUUAGGGUAGCUAACGGAAUAAGAAAUACAUUGAAUUUCCAGGCCCAUUAAACGCAGACAUUAUACAUUGUACAUGUAGAUCAAAAUCAAUCGCAAUCCAGUAGAAUUUUAAACAUCCAUAUGACGUAUUUUUUACAAAUUAUUUUAAAACAGUUUCCAAACAAGGAAGUUUAAUUUUUUUUGGAAUUGUGCCAUUCUCUUUAAAUCUGUAAAUCAAUGGUUAAUACCCGGAGACACAUGCGCAGUUUAUAAAGAUUCCCGAGAGGUGGUUUCUUUGUUAACUAUAUUCAAAAUUGCACACAGUUCUAAAGCAUAGCAGUGACAUUUACAGUUUUAUUGAAGAAAUAGCAGCCAAUGUUUAGUAUAUUAUGGAUAAGGAGGAGGGUAAAGUUUACGGGGAUUACAGAUUGGAGAAGCUGAUAGGACAUGGUACUUAUGGCUACGUGUACAAAGCUAGGAGGAACGGAAAGUCGACCACUACAAUAACUUCGAGUGAAGCGUUUGCAGUGAAGCUUAUUCACGUUAAAGGCGCCAACGACAGACAUUGGGAGUUAGUGGAGAGAGAAGUGGAAGUGUCGCGGAAAGCCGAGGAAAGGAAGCACCCAAACAUUGUGUCGUUCAAGGAGCAUUUCAAGCAAGAUGGAGUGCCGUGUGUGGUAAUGGAGUAUUGUGGUGGGGGAACUCUGUAUCAGAAAAUCAGGAAUCUGAAGCGAGAAGACAAAACCAUCCAUGAAGACGAGUUUAUAUCGAUAUUACAGCAAAUAGCGUCGGGAGUGGAGGUUUUACAUGAUAUGAACAUUAUACAUAGAGAUUUGAAAACUAAAAAUAUUAUGCUGACAGAAGACGGAACUUAUAAAAUAGCCGAUUUCGGAGUUGCCAAGAUAAUUGAAAUCGCCGGAAUGAACACUAAAGGGAUCGGUACCCCGUUCUAUAUGUGUCCAGAAAUAAUACAAGGGAAGCCCUACGACCAGAAGGCAGAUAUAUGGAGUCUUGGGUGUACAUGCUUUGAGAUUGCCACAGGUUCUUAUGCAUUUGAAGGAAAAUCUGUCCAGGAGAUCAACACAGUUGUGAAGUCUGGCAAGAUACCUGAAACAACCAAAAUUCAGUACAGUGACGAAAUUAAGAAUCUUAUCGUGGAAAUGCUGAGUCAUGACGGAGCAUCUCGCCCAACCAUUAAGGGUAUACUCCACUUCAUUAAAGACUACAAAGAGAAGGGAGCCAGGCCUAAGAAAAAGAAAAGCAAGAAAUCUAGACGACAAAAUGCUUCAGAAGAUGCUAUAUCGUUGCCAGACUCAGGAGUGGAAGAUGCCAAUUCUAUACCACAACGUCUCGAUCCAAGAAAAGCGUCUGAAUGCAAGGAGUUCCUAGAAAGGGAAUCGGCAAAGUUACAGGCGACUCUCGUGAUGGAAAUCAGAAGUCACAAAGCUGCCGAUAUUGUGUCAUACAUCAAAAGUCUACAGAAAAAAGAAACACCCGAAAGGGAAUUCAAGGCCCCGUCAAGAAUUAUUCAUUUCACAUUGAGACGUCACCAGUUGAAGCAUUCUCCACCCAGAGUUCCGUGCGCUCCUCGCACUACACCUCUGUCAACGGCUUUUUACAGAAAUCUUGUAAAAGUUUCUUUGAUCCAACAUUUAUGUUUUGGACUAAAUAUUUAGUCAUAUUAUGAUAUGUUUUUGGUGCAAUUAAAUUGAUGCUUACUGUAAAUUGUUUAAAAUCGCCGUUUUCUGAUCAUAAAUUUGGAACUACUUCGUAAUAUGCGUAUGAAUCUAGGAUAUACACGUGGUGGAAAUUUAAAUGUAAACAUGGAAUCAAAAGUAAGAAAGGCUGUAAAAAUACGAUAAAACUUGUAAAAUAAGAGACAAACAGCUAAACGGUAAAUAUGCACUUAUUAAAGUGUCAAUUGGCUAUGAAAAGAGCCUGAUGUAUCAUCUGUUGCCUGAACUUUUAAAGGGAAAGGAAACCGAGAAUGAUUGUUUAUAUCAUGUGAUUAUAUUGUCACGUGAUUCCAAGCGUUGACAGAGGUGUAUGUGAAGCUUGCGUGACGCGCCUUCUGGUGAGAGAAUGCAGUUGAAGGUGAAGCAAUACGCUUAGCGCUUAUUUCUAACGGUCAUCAAAAUUUUGAACGUCAGUUGUCGAGGUACAUGGGUGAUAUAGAGCUCACAAUUCUUUGUUAUGUAAACAAGGCUCGUGUCAUGUUCUUGUUUACAUACGUUAAAUAUACGAUUAAAAGUAUCGUUUAAAGCAGAUUUUUUUUUUUCAAUUUACAAGUUAAUACCAAACACAAUUUUAAUAGUUUUUAGUGUUUGUCACAUCUCAUUUUGUUUUAAACAUGCUAUUUUCUAAUUAAGCAAUCUAUAUGUAAACAAAAACAUGGCACGAGCCUUGUUUGUAUAACAAAGAAUUGCGAGUGCUGUAUCUUACUUGUAACUCAACAACUGAUAUUCAAACUUUGGUCGGCAUAGAAACUACAUGUAUAGGUAAUUUUGCGCUUUAUAAAUGAAUGAAAUAAUAAUAAUAAUUACACAAGGAAAUAUAAUUACAAUUCCACAUAAUGCGGUUUCUCCAUGCUAUCUAUUUGAGGACGAAUUUUUGUUUUAUAAGUGGUCCAUAAUUAAAGGGUAUUAUUCAAAUACAGACACAAACUACAUGUGCAUACAGUUUUUAUAUGAUCCUGCCUACUAUUAUUGAGUGUUUUGGGUGAUAAUGAUCAAAAUUUAUAGGAAAUUCAGGUUGGUUACCUUGAAUAAACUAUUAUUAUACACAUUAAAGUUGAUUGAUGUAGUAAAAAAGAACAUGAUAAAAUAACUUUUGUACUGAAA